GAGAAAGAUGCUUUUGCCUCUUUUUUUGAUGCUUUUCCAAAUGGUGCAACGCUACACUCUUGAGAUCUUGUGGAGGUCCAUUAUAUUCGUAUUAGAGCGACAAUAAAUAGCUCUCUUUUCUUUUUGUAUAAUCUCUUCACUUCGUAUACUACUUUCCUCUUUCAUCAUGAAUGUACAUUUUGAUACAUAAUCUCUGUUUUUCUACACACUCAAGAAUAAGAAGUGGAGCACAAUGAAAAAAGUAUAGGGAUGGAAGUAAAAAAGUAAACACUUUGGCUGCUAGAUAAAUAAAGCUGAUCAAGGGCUCAGGAGCAAAGGAUAGUUAAUGGUUCCACUGUGUAUCCAAGUAAAAUAUAUAAAUUGUGGGCGAAUUGGAGAAAUGUGGGAGGACGUGAAGGCUAUAAUUGCAUUGCUGGUGGUUCAGUUUAUCUUCGCAGGAAUGUUCGUCUUAUUUAAGCUAACAGCCGAUGAUGGUACAAAUCUCAGAGUCCUUGUGGCUUAUCGUCUCGUCUUCGCUACUCUUUUCAUGCUCCCCCUGGCCCUCAUCUUCCAAAGGAAGAAGCGGCCAGAAUUUACAUGGAAGCUGCUCUUACAAGCAUUUCUAUCGGGAUUGCUCGGAGCGGCGAUACCAAAUAUCCUCUAUUUGCCGGGUAUGACGCUUACAUCAGCUACAUUUUCGACUGCAGCCAGUAUCCUUGGUCCGUUGAUCACCUUGGUAUUGUCAAUGGUUUUUAGGAUGGAAACUCUACGGCUGGGAUCGAACGAAGGGAGGGCUAAGCUGGUGGGGACGCUGCUUGGUGCCGGUGGGGCCCUCGUGUUUGUACUCUAUAAAGGUGUUGAGAUUCAUCUAUGGUCAACACACGUUGACUUACUUAAAAGCUCGAAUCAAUCAAAUGGCCAAGCCACUUCGAACCACCACAUCUCAAUCCCAGGGAUUCUUAUGGUUUUUGGCUGUAACGUUUCCUUCUCACUUUGGUUAAUAUUGCAGGCAAAAAUAGGCAAGCAACUUGGAGGACAAUAUUGGAACAUAUGUAUGAUGAAUGCGAUGGGAAGCUUGGUGUGCAUAGUUGUUGCUCUCUGUUCGGAUCGUAACUGGAAGCAAUGGCGAUUAGGAUGGAACAUUAGCCUUCUUACUACGGUUUAUGCGGGAGUAGUUGUUUCAGGAAUGGUCAUGCCUCUUGUUGCAUGGUGUAUUGAAAAAAAAGGACCGUUAUAUGUUACGGUGUUUAGCCCCAUAAGGCUGCUGAUCGUAGCCCUUGUCGGAUCAUUUGCUUUAGAGGAACCGCUUCAUUUGGGAAGUAUAAUUGGUGCAAUGAUAAUGGUGGGAGGAGUAUACCUCGUGGUAUGGUGUAAAAUGAAGGAAGCAAAGAGUGCUACGACAUCGGACCACAUUGAGACAAAUAAGAAUAUCAAAGAAGUUGACCAGGGAAAUCUCUCAGCAGUAAAUAAUAGAGGUGUCCCGUGACUCAAUCAUCACCAAUUAAAGUCUACCGUAGUAAUAGAUAAUAGAAACAUUGAAUAGAUAUGAGGGUUUAAAAAAUCCAUCUGAUUACUUGAAUUGGUGUUUAGGCUUUAAGAGUAUGGACUACUAGAUGGUGAUAUUGGACAACGCGCGUCUUUCUAUUUUCACCGUGACUGCAAUAUUAAAAUACAACUUGAUAGGUAUCUUAAAAAGCUAUUAAUUAAAAAGAAAUCCUGUUUAUGAUUUUAAAUUUGAAAAAUACAUUGUCUAUUACUCUGUUAAUUAAAAGAUAUUUGAUGUGUUAACUUUUAAA